AUGCUGGCCCUCGUUAAUGCUGUUGAAUUUGUCGAUCGAGAAUUGACAAGUCUCAUACAAUCCACCAGCUUUACGGAAAAUCUCCUUGCAACGACAACCAGCAAACUUAUAAGUGAGGUAUUUCUUUUGUCGUUUAUCAUUCUCGUAGGUUAUGAAACCUUAUAUUGGCUGGGAAUCUACUUGGGACUUUGGGAGUACCAUGCCAAAGAUAUAUUUACAGAAAUCCCCAUACAUUGUGCUCAUGUCUACGUAAGGAUAAAUUUGGCUUCAAAGGACAAGAUAGAUCGUAUAAGGGAAUACUAUCGUCUCAAACAGAAUCGAUACAAUGUUCUUAGUUGGACCACUAGUAAUCAGAUUGGCAGUGAAGUGUUUGAAUUCGAACAAUUUGUCAAGUAUCACUUUGAAUUCAGCCCCGAGGACUUUGAAAUGAACGAUGAGCCGGAAUAUGGAUCUACCAUCAGUCACCUUCGCGAUAAGAUUCUCACAGUUGUUUCGCAAUCCGACUUGUAUCGUGAUUAUAAGAACAAGAAACUCGAAGUCAUGGUAUUUGAUAACCAAAACAACGAAGUUGGCCACGAUAAGGACAAACAAUAUCUCAGCAAGACCUACAUUGAGACGGGGAAUGUAAUUGAUUGUAUAAUAUUGGUAGAAUAG